UUCAUUCUUAUUUAUUUAUUUAUUUUUUAAAAAAGGAAAAAAAAAGAAAACCAAAAUCAAAAUGUCAACACCACCAAAAGAUCAUAAUGGGAUGACGUUCUCACCAGGUUCUUCACCUAAUUCGAUGGGUUCCAACUGGCUUUACAACAAAAGUGCUCGAGGAAACUCACCUCGUCUUGUCCAGCGACGACUGACUGAUGCGGAUCAUGCAAAGCCACGCGCAUUUGUUCCUCAGCGAUUUGACAAGAACGAAGGCUACAAUUCACCAAGACGAGUUUCCCAGUCGUUUCCUAUUCAUGACACACCCGACUUCACAACCGGACCACGUUUGAUCGGAAAACCGAGCCAACCUUCACUUGAUCCCCGGCAAUGGCUAAAUCAAGUGACAAGUCUGGUCAAGACUCGAAACGGAAGUGUACUUGGUCGUAAUGCUAUCCUUAAAAUGGAUCAUUUUUCAAGUGGUACCAAUACAAAACUGGAUUUUCAUUUGCAGGGAGCACCUAACUUCCGUGUUGCAGAACUUAGUGUAUAUGGUGUUGCACAACCGACGGUCAUUGGCUUAUCAAGCAUUCUCGCGCUCUUACACUGUCACCCAAAAAGCCAUACUCCACAGUCUUGUACUUGGUUCCUGACAAGAGAAGAGCCUUUGGUCUAUUUGAAUGGAUACCCUUAUGUGUUGAGAGACUACGCUAGUCCGAUGCAGAACAUGAGUACCUUCCUAGGAAUCAAUGCAGCCCGGUUAGAAAAGGUUGAGGAACGCUUAAAAGAUGAUGUACUCAAAGAGAGUAAAAAAAUGGGCGGUCUGCUGCUAGUACAUCAGGAAUUAGCUGAUGGGUCUGUGGUGCCUUGCUUUAUCGCUGCCGACAAAGUACAAACACCGCGAGAAGUAUUUGAAGCGUUCCAAGCACAAGGAUACCGUAUCAAAUAUUUUCGUAUCCCUAUCUCGCCCGUACAAGCACCCGAAGACAAUUACUUUGACGAAUAUGUGCGUGUCAUCAAAACACUUGAGCCCACGGACCCUCUCAUCUUUAACUGUGGCAUGGGCGCCGUUCGAACAACCGUCGGCAUCAUUGUAGCUCAGAUUAUCCGAAGAACACAGCUGAUUGAAAGAGGUGACCCAGAUCCAUUCCCUAUUCCUGGCUACACUUACAGUGCACAAGGCAACGGUCAAGCCACAGAGCAAUCUAGUGCAUUUUCCUCUGACAUUGUCAAAGGCCUUGAAGAAGCUGAUACAGUCAGCACUCAAAACCAUGCUCUUCUGAGAGUUAUCUAUGUACUCGAAAAAGCAUUAGAUUCAAAGAUGUCCCCUCGUUCGGCAAUUGAAUGGACUAUGGAAAGAGGAAGUUUGAUUGAGAAUCUGAAGGAAGCAAUUCUCGGCAACUACCAGUCGGUCCUAUCACUUGCAUCUGUCCUUGACAGUGGUGUGUUUAGCAAGCGAAUGCUAGACAAGAUCAUUGAUCGGUCUGAUGCGGUGAUCAACAUUCGAGAGGAUAUUCUGACAAACCGAAUCCGUCAAACCACCCAGACAUUCUCGUCCAAAGAAGAUCCAAGAAACUCGUACCUGGCUAAGGCUAUGGCGGGUCUUCAGAGAUACUCGUUCUUGCUGUGUUUUACUGCAUACAUCAAUGAAUCACCAGACACUCGUUUUGAAACAAGAUUCUCAGAUUGGGUUAGAGCUCGCUCUGAGAUCUGGACUAUGAUCCAGCAUUUGAGACGUAAAGGACCCCAGUUUUACCUUUUCCGCCCUGUCGAUGAUCUUCGCAAUCUUACCUCAAACAAAAACCCAGGCGUGAUGGCAGGUCGUCAUGGUGAAUUUGGCUAUGGCCAAGGCAUGUUUGAAAUGAUGGGUGCUGGCGCCCAGUCUGGAACUGUUGCAAGCGAAAUGGAGGACUUUAUUCUCAAGGCACGUACAGGUGUCGUAUUGACUUCCCAGACAAUUCUCAAGGUUGAUUUCUGGCGCCAUUGCUACAUGGAUGAAACCGAAAAUAAUGAAAUGCUCUCAAGAGCUCAUACCCCAAGCUUUACCCCUGUCGAUCCUCUCGCGGAUGCCCAAUCUCUUGAGAUGAGCGACAGCAAGAAGCACCAUAUAUUCUUUAUAGAUGGUGUCUCAAACUUUAGACGAGUCAGACACACUCAUGUGUAUGGUGUUGCGCAGCCAACUGUUGAUGGAUUGCGCAAAGUAAUUCGCAGACUUCUUACCGACAAGCCACGCAAUGAAAAGAUCCUGUGGGUCAAUCUCAGAGAAGAGCCUAUUAUAUAUAUCAAUGGUAUUCCAUACGUUCUUCGCGACCGAUAUUUUACUCUGCGCAACAUAAGGGCUUACAAGGGAAUUACCGGUGCACGUCUUGAGCAGCUUGAAGAAAGACUUAAGGAGGAUGUCCAGCGAGAGGUUGUCAACUAUGAUGGUAGAAUCCUAUUGCACGGCGAAGAUAAAGAAGGAGAUGUUCAACCAGCAUGGGAAGAAGUGCAAGUGGAUGAUGUCAUGACCGUCCGUGAAGUAAUGGAAUCGGUAGCUUAUGAAAUAUCCCAGGAGCUAAAUGACGAAGUUGGUGACGAUGUUCACCAAGAAAGCUCGGUUCUAGAUUAUCAUCGAGUACCAAUUACAGCCGAAAAGUCACCAGACAUCAAUGAUUUUGAUGAAUUGCGUAACUUGGUUGCAAGCGUAGAGUUAUCCAAGACUGCUCUGAUAAUGAACUGUCAGAUUGGCUUGGGAAGAUCUACCAUUGGCACAGUGAUUGCGACACUACUGACACGCUGGAUGAGUCAAAACACACAACAAGAAGUAGCCACCAAAACUGCUCCUCCCAAAUAUCUUAACUACCAAAUCAUCAACAGUUUACUGCGAGUGAUCAAGAACGGACUCGAGAUCAAGAGUAUCGUAGACGAUGCAAUUGACAAAUGCGGUGCAUACCUUAACUUACGUGAUGUGAUCGAGAGUACCCACAUUCAAGCUGAAAGUGAACCUGAUCUGAAGAAGCGUAAACGCAUUGUUAAGCGCGGAAUUCUUGCUUUGGAACGUUACUUCCUCUUGAUUUGCUUCCAAGCUUACCUGAGCAGUACCUCGCCUGAUAUUAUCGGAGAGACCGAAUCCUUUGAACAGUGGAUCAAACGCCACGGUGAAUUGCGCACGAUCCAGCAUGAACUACGUAGACAAGACCUUAGCUUGCUAGUACCAGUUGAAAAAUCUAUGGGUGAUGGUGUUGCCCUUUCAAGUGAAGUUAUGAAAGUCGUGAGUGCGCGCCAUGGCCAGGUAUUGGCCCAGCAGACAAUUCUCAAACACGAUGCUUUCCCUGGCUGUCAGAAAAUGAGCCUCAAAGAAAAGAUUGAUGGUGCUUACAACUUUAGACGUGUUGAGGUCAAGAAAGUCAAAAGUGCGGUCAAGUAUGGUGGGCUGGCAGCAAACAAGAGUGGUCUAGCUGCUGAUAUGGAACGCCAAGAAGAUGAUAUUCCAAGCUCUCCUUUUAUUUGUGGAUGUGCAAUGCCAUCUAAAGACGCCAUCAAAGCAGUCCUAAAAUCAAUGAAUGCCGGACCAGGUGGAAAGCGCAAGGUUCUCUGGACUUGUUUGCGCGAAGAGCCCGUUCUGUAUGUCAACAAACAGCCAUAUGUCCUUCGUUUGUUCCAAGACCCACUAAAGAAUCUCGAGACAACUGGUAUUGCCAAAGAACGAGUGGAGUCCAUGGAAAACAGAAUGCGACUGGAUGUUUUGGAGGAACUCAAAGAAUAUGAUAGCCGUUUGCUAUUACAUGAUGAAGAGCAGACCGAGAAAGGUGGAUUCACACUUAUUCCAAUUUGGGAGACUGUACCAGUAGAGUGUGUGGAGACCCCAGCACAAGCCUUCCAAUCUAUAGUUGAUGAAGGAUAUCAGGUGGAUUACCUUAGAAUUCCCAUUACAGAUGAACAGGCACCUAUCCCGGAUGUUUUUGAUCAACUUGUCCAAAGAAUGCUGAGCGCCAAUGCUGGUGUUGAUGCCUUAUUCAAUUGUCAGAUGGGACGUGGUCGUACUACCACUGGAAUGGUGACGGCCUGUUUGAUGUCCAUGAUUCUCAAGAAUGAUUCUCUUGCAGACAUGACAAGUUCUUACAUUGUCGAUCCUUCUUCAGAACCUUCAACCCCAGUAUCAUCAUCGGCACUCGGUUUAUAUAACAAGGUCGUUGAUGAAUCGUUUGAAGAACGCGAACGUUACCUGAAUGGAGAAUAUAAAAUAAUUCUUCAGUUGGUGAGCGUCCUGACCUACGGUAAGCUUGCUAAGCGCCUCACAGAUCAGGCCAUCAAUAUGUGCGACCAUAUGCAGAACUUGCGCAAAGCAAUGUACGACUACAAGCUCAGGCUAGAUGCCACUGAAGACCGCAAUGGCAAGAAGUGGAAGGCUACACGCGAGGUUGCUAUCAAUUAUCUUGUCCGAUACUUUUAUCUUAUCGUAUUCGCAAACUAUCUCCUCGAAGAAACCGACAAUAGUCUGGGUGAACUAGAAUCAGGAGAUGAAUGUGAAGAAGAUACGAUCUGUGAUAAGGAGGCGCGAAAGAUGAGCACUUUCAAGUCCUGGCUCAAUGGACGCCGAGAGAUCACAAAUAUUAUAAAACUCCAGGCAGUCGAUUUAUCCUAGAUAAAAAAAAUGAGUUUAUUCUUAUUCUUACUUUUCUUUCUUUCUCUUGUUAAAAAACUUACCAAUCACUUGUCAUACCACAAAAUAAUUCCAUACAUACACACGCACAAAAAAGCUUCCGUUGGAUCGACGUGUUACAAAAUAGCUUUUAUCUAUCAUUUUUGUAUUAAAGUUUCGAUUCUGGGGUGGUACAGUCUCCAGUGAAGCCCAAAUCAAUAAAAUUCAUUGGUUCCAAAU